AUGCUUCGUCUAAGCUCAGAAGAAAGCUUUCACUUCGAACUCCUUCGAACACUAGCUCACUCCCACUAUGGGGGCGCUGAUGUCGGCGAAAUCAAACGCACCGAAUGGGUCCUCUCUCAAGCGGAGAAGUCGACAAAUCUAGUCUCUAUUCGAGAGGUAAUGUAUCGUGCCUGCACAUACUUUCGCAGUGACGACCUCUUCCUUCAUGACAAUUGGAACGAUCGAAGAAUCAUGUACUGUUGGGAGAAGCAGAUGUAUUGUUUUAACAGAGCGAUGAAGCUUCUGUCUAUUCCAGGAGAGAGGCUAAGAGCACCGGCAGAAGGGUUCGAAGUACCUAUCUUAUUCUUCCCUACGUCCCAAAUUUUGGACGAGAAGUGGCCAACUAUCACCAUGGGCAACGGGUUUGACCAGUCCAUGGAAGAGAUACGGUAUCAGAACUUUGGAGUCACUCACAAGUUGGAGAAAGUGGUGACACCAGUACUUGAUCACCUUGCCACUCAGUCGAAUGUCGACAUGAGCAAGAUCGGGCUAGUCGGGAACUCCAUGCAUGGACUCACCGCCGCAAGAGCUGCCUCCGAACACAGAAUAGCGGCUGUCAUGAGCAUUGACGUAACUCAUCGGAUCUGGUCCUUUAUAGUCAAGACACCAACCGAGUUCAUGUACUUGGUGAAGAACUACAUAUUGGAAGGAAUUGCUGAUCAGAUUCAAUGUCCAGUAUUUGUUGGGAACGCAGCACGAGACAUGUUCAUGAAAGUCUAUCCGGAGGCAAUGAGGGAUGCUCUGGGAGACAAUGCAACGCAUGUGCUUUUUUACUAA